CAUCUUGUUCAGACCACGGAUAUAGUGGCUAUAUAUACAUAUAUAUAUAAUAUUCAGUCCGAUUUAUGCAGACUCGGGACAAGACAAAUUGGAUAUAUUUGAGAUGUCUGGUAUAACUUAAAUGUAUAUAAUAUGGCAAAGAAACAGGAUUGAUUGGUUUUAAAUCGAGCGUUUACAGCUGAGAGUAAACAUAUUCUGUAAAUAUGAAAUAAAUCCCUUUACAAAGACAAGGGUUUAUUUUGAAGGAAACUUAAAUAUGGUAACUGGUUCAACAUACUCGAUAAGUCUACUUAAAGCAGAGAACUGCAACCUGACUGAUGAAAAGAACACAAAUGGAGAUACGACUGCAAUUCAUUUUGAUGAGGUGUUUGCGUACAUAGGCGAUUUUGGAUUAUUCCAAUGGCUCCUGUUUCUAAUGUUAGGUCUUGGUGUAAUGCCAGUAGGUUGGCAGUCUAUGUCAAGUAACUUUGUGGUUGGCAACCAAAAUCAUUGGUGUAAGGUGGACGCUUUGGCUAACCUAAGCCAAUACCUCCAAAAAGAGAUUAGCAUUCCUAUAGAGACUCUGCAGAAUGGGGAACAAGAAUAUAGUAAAUGUUUUGUGUAUGAUCAUAUCAACUAUACACAAUACUCACAAGAAGAUUUUUCUUCUUGGAACAGAACAUUGCAUGUUUUUAAGACAAAUACAUCAACCACGAGGUGUCGGCAUUGGGUGUAUGAUCAAAGUGUCUAUACAUCAACUAUAGUCAGUCAGUGGGACUUAGUUUGUGAUGACGCAUGGAUGGCUCCAUUUGUUUCAACAUGCUUCAUAGGUGGAAUGUUUUUCGGUUCAUAUGGAGCUGGAGCGACCUCUGACAGGUUUGGAAGAAAGAAGACACUUAUAACAUGUUACAUUGGCGAGUUUAUAUUUGCUUUGAUAGCUGCCUUCAUGCCGUACUACGAGUUGUUUUUGGUGUGUCGCUUUCUUGUUGGAGUCUUCUGUAUUCCAUGCAACAUGGUUGCUUUCGUUCUUGUUAUGGAACUGGUCGGUUCAAGAUACCGAUCUAAGGUCGCCAUGCAGCUUUGGUUUGCUACUGGGUUCAUGCUCCUGGCGCUUAUUGCUUUUGGUAUCAGGGACCACUUUAGACUCCAGCUAGUUCUUGCCGCACCUAGGAUAGUCUUCCUUUUAUUCGUUUUUAUUCUUCCCGAAUCUCCCCGCUGGUUGGUUACCAAAGGACGAAUUGAAGAGGCUAAAGAUAUUUUAUGCAAAAUAGCAUCAAUCAACAAACGAGAAUUCCCAAGCAAUGUUUCCUUUAUUACAAACGACAAAAAGGUGGUUCAAGGGAAAACUUCGGAUCUUUUCGUGACUCCUGUAAUGCGGAAACGAACACUAAUUGUGUGCCUUGCCUGGUUGGCAAUAUACAUUUGCUACUAUGGGUUAUCUUUGAAUGCGUCCACACUGGCUGGAGAUCCUUACUUCAAUACAUUUCUGAACGCUGCACUUGAAAUUCCAGUGUGGGGAAUAUGUGUGGUUAUGAUGGAUAAAGUUGGAAGAAGAAUCUGCCUAGUUUUUGUACUGAUCUUUGGGGGAUUGAUGUGCUUGAUUUGUAUCCCGUUACUUUUCUUUCCAGACCUAGCAAUGGUAGUUACGGCGUUUUCCAUUCUCGGCAAGCUAGGAGCGUCUGGGGGAAUUGUGGUCAUCUACCUCUACUCUGCUGAGCUGUUUCCUACUGUUGUUCGUAAUGUCGGGGUGGGGGCCGGCUCAACCUCAGGCAGAGUGGGUGGAAUGGUAUCUCCCCAAAUAGGACUACUGAGCUCCACGUGGAUAGCGCUCCCCUCUAUGAUAUUUGGCAUAUUUGGAUUAAUUGCUGGGGUUGCAUCUUUGCUUCUCCCUGAGACGCUUGGACAACAACUUUCAGAAAAUAUAUCAGAUGUGGAGAACUCAGAUGUGAAUCGAAAAAGAAAAGGGUCCAUCACUCUUUAAAACCACUCUUUAAAACUUGGAAAUGGUGGAUUACACAUAGUCAACCUAGCAAUCGUGACUUUUUAUAUGAUUGAAGUACAAUAGCUGAUAGUUGUUUUCAAGACAAUUUUAAGAGACCUAUGAUUAUUUA